AUGGCCCCUCGGCAGCUCGGAGGAUUUACGGAGAACCGGGAGGGUUUAGCGGCCUCAGGAGACACUGGGACACAGGGGGAGACACCGGGACACCCGGGGGGAGACACCGGCAUGAAACCGAAAGGAAGAGAGAGACGUCACAGCUGUCAGCAAUGUGACAAAUCCUUUACAUCAUCUAGAGCUUUAAAGAGCCACCUGCGUAUUCACACUGAAGAGAAACCAUACAGCUGUGAAGAGUGUGGGACAACAUUCACUAGAUCACAUCAUCUCAAAACACAUCAACGUAUUCACACUGGAGAGAAACCGUACAGCUGUAAAGAGUGUGGGACAACAUUCAAGAGAUUACAUCAUCUCAAAACACAUCAACGUAUUCACACUGGAGAAAAACCGUACAGCUGUGAAGAGUGUGGGGAAACGUUCAAUAGAUCAGAUGCUCUCAAAUCACAUCAACGUAUUCACACUGGAGAAAAACCGUACAGCUGUGAAGAGUGUGGGGAAACGUUCAAUAGAUCAGAUGCUCUCAAAUCACAUCAACGUAUUCACACUGGAGAAAAACCGUACUGGUGUGAAGAGUGUGGGAAAACGUUCACUACAUCAAGUAAUCUCAAAACACAUCAACAUAUUCACACUGGAGAAAAACCGUACUGGUGUGAAGAGUGUGGGAAAACGUUCAAUACAUCAAGUGCUCUCAAAAAACAUCAUCGUAUUCAUACUGGAGAAAAACCGUACUGGUGUGAAGAGUGUGGGAAAACGUUCACUCAAUCAAGUAAUCUCGAAACACAUCAACAUGUUCACACUGGAGAGAAACCAUAGUGGUUUUAAGAGUGUGGGAAAACGUUUUCUCAAAGUAUUCAGCGAAUCCAUCCUGCAUAGUUUUGAACAACUAUGAGAGCCAAGCUAGCUGUUUCCUCCUCCUGAUGUCCUGAGAGCUGUAGUUAUAUUUUAAGAGUCUUUCUGAAUUGAAGUCUGACUAACAGACUUCAAUUCACAGUCAGUCUUGUUUGAUGUCCCUGGACAAGCCCUGAGGUCCUCCUCAGCUUUUUAAAUAUCCCUAAAAUCCCCCAAAAUAAAAUGGGUGAGGCUUUUCUCCACUACACUCCCAAACUGUGGAACACCAGGAAAUAUCAGAGAGGCUCAGUGGACAUUUUUAAACACCUUCUAAAGAAACAUCUCUUUAGAUUAGCUUUUUAUUAGCAACCCCCCACUUUAAAUGGUUGUUUAGUCUUUAUUAUUUACCUACUUUUAUAUUGUUUCAUUUAUGAUAUAGGAAGGGUUUUUAUCUUAUAUUAGUCAUUUAACAGUUUUGAUAACAUUUAUUUUUACGUUGGUUUCUUUAUAUUGUAAUCGUUUAAACUUUAUUAGAAUUAUGAUGUUUUUAUUACUAUU